AUGGGAGGCUCUGAUUCAACAAAACCCAUAUACCACGGCCAUAAUGACAAAGAUGUUGAAGAGUUUCUUGAGGACUACGAAGCAUAUGAUGCAUCAAAAGAUUGGAGUGAAGAUAAAAUGCGACAGGUUAUAAGGCUCCAUGUAAGUGAUGAUUUAAAACCCUGGAUACGUAAACAAAUUAAAGCCAAGAAUACAUGGACUGAAUUAAAAGCUGCUAUCACUUCCGGUACUCAAACGUCUGGUGAUGUGGAAGAAAAACUGAAACGAUUAAAGAAUGCUAAACAAAAAUCGAACGACACUAUUAAGGCGUGCACUAAUUGGUUCGAUGCUGGGCUACGGGAACCUUUCAAGGAAAAGGUGAAAAUGCAAUGCCCUGAAACGUAUGAAGAUGCUAAAAAAUUUGUCGUGUUGAUCAAAAUUCGGAGCAUUAAAGAGUUAACGAUGGCUGUGAUGAAUCUUAAAGAAAAUAGGCCACCUAAUGUAUGUCGAUAUCAAACAAAUUAUUCAACGCAAGGGCAAAAUGGCAAUAAUCUAAAUCAAACGGCUAGAUCUAGAAGAUGUUAUGAGUGUAAUCAGGAUGGGCAUAUUUCUUAA